AUGGUCUUGUCUAGCCUGGCCAUUGAUUUCCAGAUUUCUACGUUCGCCCACUUACACAGGAAAAGGGUUUUUAGGGGUCCCAGAUGGGCAUCCUGGAAUCUUGGAAUCUUCAUUUGUAUCCGCUGUGCGGGAAUCCAUCGGAAUCUUGGCGUGCACAUAUCACGAGUUAAAUCUGUAAACCUGGACCAGUGGACUCAUGAGCAGAUACAGUCUGUUCAGGAGAUGGGGAACACCAAAGCUCGGCGACUAUACGAGGCCUUUUUACCAGAGUGCUUCCAGCGCCCAGAGACAGACCAAGCUGCUGAGAUUUUUAUCCGUGACAAAUAUGAUAAGAAGAAAUAUAUGGAUAAAUGCAUUGAUAUCCAGUCCUUUAGGAAAGAAAAGAGUGAGACUGUAACGAAAGGGGCUCCUGUUGUUUUUGAAAAGAUGAAGCUGAAAAAAGACGAGCCACAGCAAUUCAAAAACACUCCAAAGAAGCAGUCACAGUCUGUUAAUGACUUGCUAGGGCUAGAUGCCCUAGCUCCUCAAGCUCCUGUGUCCAAUGGCAAACAGAGUACUGAAAUUAGCCCCGCCCUUGACCUCUUCACCUCUCUGCCUGCUGCCGUCAGCAGCUCAAACUCCGCCAGGAGCACGUCUAACUCAGGGUCCAUGCCCACUGGACGGGUAGCAGCGUCAGUGCCCGAAAACCUCAGCCUGUUCCUGGAUCCCCCCACCAAAAGCGAGGACAGCGGAAAGAAGAUGUCAAAGGACUCAAUCUUGUCCCUGUACAGCAGUACAGCGCCACAAACAAACAUGGCCGCUCAUGCUGGCAUGUACAUGGGAGCAACCCAGAUGGGCUAUGUCCCUGCUGCAGGCUAUGGCCAAUACCAGGCCCUGGCUGCCCAGCAGGGCAUGAUGGGGCCUAUGAUGGCUCCACAGAUGAAUAUAGUGGGACAGGCAGGUGUCAUGCCGCCGACCGGAGUGCCAGCUGCUCCUCCAUACAUGGCAGGCGUGCAAGGGGGCAUAAUAGGAAUGCAGAAUGGGAUGAUGGGAAGCAUGGCAGCAGUUCCUCAGCAGGCAUAUGGAGCCCAACAGAUGCAGUGGAACAUAAGCCAGAUGACUCAACACAUGACAGGAGUGAAUUUCUACAGUGCCAAUAACGUGAUGGGAUACGGUCAGUCCAUGGGUGGGGCGGCUGCUCCCGGUUCAAAUCAAAUGCUUGGGUCACACGUGUGGAAGUGAUGACGCCAUAAAGUGAGAGAGCGGGAGAGUGUUUCUGAAUUGGGUGGGCUGGGUUGGCGCCACGACUGAAAGACAGAAGAAGGGGAACAGAUUGUAGGAGCACGAAUGAUACGAUGAUCGCAAUCGAAGCAAAGUCUCUACCUCCCUCAUUCUCAGAGCCAGAUUUUCAUGCUUGCCUUCAAUCACAUAAUCAGAGAGAGAAUGGAGGUUUCCUUCGCAAGGUUUGGUGCGUACGCUCCUCUCAGAAUGUUACACGAUCCACAGCUUUGAUGUUCCUAAAUGAUGUGUUUGUGAUACAUCCGCUUGAGGAUUUGAUUUUCUAUUCUCUCUUUUAUUGGCCACCGUGAUUUUGCCAAGUAAGACAUGUUCCUGGAUCAUAUUUUCUUGAUCCUGGAACAACAUUCCUGUCUGAAAAUGUAUGGUGUGUUCUCUUGGUUCCUUUGGUCCAGACUAAAAAAAGUCCUGGUUCGCUUAGUUCACUGGUCAUUUUUAACACAGAACCCUAAAGAAACAAAACACCAAAAAACGGCUUUUAUGACGUAUAUUUUGCAAAAGGAAUUUGUCGAACUUCCAAAACAAUGCUCUGUGCUAGGCUCUCGCUGUAUGUGUUAACAUAUGAUGGUAUAUGAUGAAGCUGACAACUCGUGAAGAGCUUAUAAAAUGUGUAAAGGAGUCAAAACAGCGGCAGGAAUCCCUCCCUGACACACACGACAAACUGUGAUGGGCAAGAAAAUACAGGUAUGCUUGAGAAUUCUGUUCUUUUUAGGGUCGCAUCUUGUUUUUGGUUUGUUUUACAUGUCUUUGGUCUGCGUUCAUAUUUCAGUUGAACUGCACCAGAGUUUGUUUGGAAGCUGAAAACAUGGGUCUCGGUCCGCUUCUUUGGUCCACACCAGGGUUUGGAUUCUCGCAACUGUGAACACAUCCUAAUCCUAGGCUAUUUCUAACACGAAUCUUAAUCCCUAAAAUCAGAGGGAAAUGAUUGGUGAAAAACACUGAUGUAGAAGCAUCUAACCCUGGUUGCAAGAUUAAACUUGACAUAAACUGUAAACUUGUCCCUCAAAUCUGAUUGGUUGAUUGGAAUGUUACUCCAGCAGGAUCAACAAAAAAGAUGUACAUGUACUUGGCGGAAUCACGUUCACCAUAUUUGACCAGUGUUGAGUUGCAGUCAUAUUUAACAUUGUUCAGAUUUGCAGGCAAAAUCCAGUCAAUUCAAUAGGAAUUCAAUUGAUCUGGGACUUUGUGAGGGCCAAAGUUUUCCCCAUGCAGAUUUUACAACAGAUCCCUGUUGUAUGUGUGAAUACGCCACGUUUGCCAACACAGAAACCUGCAUUGGACCAUUUUUGCUCGAUUUAGUUAAUGUGACCACUUGUUUAGUAACAAUUUAAGUUUAGAAGCCAGUUAGUUGACAUUUGUGUUAGCUAGUCUUAAACUUUACUACUGAGGAAAAUUAUGUCUCCGCUAUCAGGUUCUACAAACCUGCAAAUGAUACUCUUGUAUUGUCAUCUUUAUAACGCACAGGGUACAACUAAGCCACUUUGACUUUGCUUUUUGUCUUGCUCGCUCUCAACUCAGGAGAAAAUAAUGGCUUGGGAGGAUGAAAGGGUUCUCACAUCCAUCUCAUAGCAGGACAUUUACAUUCAGCCAAAGAUUUAUUAAUGCUCAGUUGUCUGCACAGAUAUUAGGAAUGACAAGUUCUAGAGGGAUCCAUGCUGCUGUGCAUCGUUUCAGAGCAUUGCGGUUUGACCUCAAGAGUUUAAUGGCGCCAUUGAUUGUAUUGUACACUGGUUUUUUCCCCCUCAUUACUGAGUGCAGGGUCACCGCUGGCUGAGAGAAUGAAAUUUUGGGACACUCAGGCUGCAGUUUGGACCGAGACCAAAUGAAUGUUUCACUCUGACUGCUGCCCGAAGAGCAGAAUUUGCCAUGGCCACUGUGUGAAGUUCAAUCAAAGCAGUCAGCUUGGGGUUUCAUUGACUGCUCGCUGUUUGUUUGAGCCUUACAUCUACUUUUAAAGUAAACAAAUGCGAUGAGGUUCACUCUUGAUAACUAGGACCCCUUUAAAACAACGACUUCCUUGGUGAACAAACAACCUAAGAUGGUUUUGCUGGUUUCAUGGAGGUUUUAGGCACUUGUCAGGUGGUCAGACUGGGAGACCAACUAGCCAACGGCAAGAAUAGCAACAAGACCAUCUUAAACAAGCUAGACCACUUUGAACGAAACCAGAGAGCCAUCUUAAGCUGGUUCAUGGUGUUUUGUUUUAUUUAAUUUUUUUGUUCAGGUUUAAGCAGUUGUACAUGCAUUAAACACAUCUGUGCUUUUGUGUUUAUUUUCAGAUUAUAUUUUUAUCUUUCAUAGCCAUAGAGACUGAAAAUGUUUUACCUAGGAAAUUGAUUUUUUUUUCUCAGUAUUUGCUUUCUAAAGGAGUUAAUUGUGUUAGACUUCUCUGAAUUUUAAAAUAUUUGGUUUUUUGUUGUAGCCCUGAAGGAAAAGAAUUGCUUGCUAAUAUUAUUACUUGUGCUUUGCAUACCUUGGUGAGUAUGUUGUCUGGAAUGGCAAUGUCAUUGUGGUUUUGCACAUCACUGUUAUUGGCCAAUUAGUGAUGUACAGUAGUGUUUUCAUCACACAAUUUAUUGCUGAAUUAUUUUAUUUUUUUAUUGUGCAAACACAUUUAAUUUGAAUCUGCACUGCAUUUUUAGGUUCUGUAUGUGCGUUUGCUUUAUUCUGAUUAAAUGGGACCAUUAUUUCCUCACAAUUAGGCGCGUGUGAACCUGUAAAUACCAUGUUUGUGAUUUGAGACUUAUAACCCUCUUUGUAAUGUCCAAGGUUUUAUCUUUAAUUUAAAACUAUUGUUAUAAUAGCACUUUACUGUGGAA